CCCCCCCGGCCGGAGGCUGCGGCCGGAGCGCGGCGGGCGCGGGAGCGGCAGGCGGGGCGGGCCGGGCCAUGGCCCCGCACCAGCCCAGCGCCGGGCAGUACCUGCGCUCCGACAGCGGCGGCUCCGAGGUCCGUGUGCUGGCCGAGGGGCCCGGCCCCGGGCCCGGCGGGGACCCCGGCGGGGCGCGGCGGCGGCGGCGGCGGUGCGGGCCGCUGUGGGGCAGCGUGGCCGUCAUGGCCAUCCUCGCCCUGCAGAUCGCCUCCACCACCGGCCUCUUCGUCUACUUCACCAUGGCCAUCUCCAAGCUGAAAGCCCAGGCGCCGGGCAGCACGGAGGAGCUGCGGUGUCUGCAGGUUAUCAAUCAGCAGCAGGAGGGAUCCAGCCUGGAGGAGCUGAUCAGCAACGAGCCCUGCCUCAAGCUGGCCAACACCAUCAAAGCCUACGUGGCCACGGUGACGGAGAACGUUAUCCGCAGGAGCGCGGUGAAGGAGGCCCGGAGGAGCUACUUCAACACCUCGGAGGGGCAGGUUCCUCCCAAAACAGCCAGCAAGCCCUCGGCACAUCUCACCCUCCGCCCGCAGAGCCUGGCCCAGGAGGGAAACUCCAAGCGCUUCGGGAACCUCUCCCAGUCCUGCCGCCACGCCAUCGCCCGCUGGGAAGACAGCACCAUCCACUCACACCUGCAGAACAUCACCUACCGGGACGGCCGGCUGCGGGUCAACCAGGCGGGCAAGUACUACGUCUACUCCCAGAUCUACUUUCGCUACCCCAGCGACGGGGCCAGCGCCCGAGUCUCUGUCCCCCAGCUCGUGCAGUGCAUCAACUGGAAGACGUCUUACAGCCAGCCCAUCCUCCUGCUCAAAGGGGUCGGCACCAAGUGCUGGGCGCCCGAGGCGAACUACGGGCUCCACGCUCUCUACCAGGGGGGACUGUUCGAGCUGAAGGCCGGCGAUGAGCUCUUUGUCUCCGUCUCCUCCUUGGCCAUCGACUACAACGAUGCAGCAGCCAGCUACUUCGGGGCCUUCCGGCUCGACCUGUGACGGCCGCCCCCGCCUCCCACCUUCCCGCUGCUCCUGCCCGUCGACGCUCCCGUGAGGCCCCCCCGGGGCAGCCGCUAUUCCAGCAGGACAACAGCCGAGUGGCCGGGGGGCUCGGUGCCGCACGGGGCCCCGCCAUCCGGCCGGGAGGAAGCCCACGAGCCAGGAAGGGUCUCCAGGGGCCCGCGGGAGGCAGGCAGGAGGGGGGACGUGGCAGCCCUGGUAGCGCAUCACCUCCCUGGCUGCCGGCGGAGCACGCGGGGCAGGUAGCACCGAGCGGCUCCCUGCUGCAGGAGAGGCACCGGCGUCACAUCUGCAACCGCAAGACAAAGCAUCCCCGCGGCAGGAUGACCCUCUGCAGGGCUGACCCCCACGCCUGGCAGGCGCAGACCCGGCCAGGCUGCGAGCGCUCGGGGACCCCGAGCUGGAGGCGCUGGGACAGAAGCCGGGGUUAGCAGAGAGCAGCAGCGCAGCGAGCGCGGGCGCAGGGCUGGCACCCCCCCAGGGCAAAGCACCGGGGCCAGCCUGUAGGUACGAGGCAUCAGCUUCUCGAAAGGAGUGAAGGAGUUUCAGUUCAGGCUAAUUAGAAACCUGGAGUGAUUCCAGCAAUCAGGUUCAGGGGAGCUCAAAGACCAGGACGAUGAAGCUGGAGUAAUCACCAGCCCAAACAACCGCACCUAGGCACGUGGCAGAGAGGUGCAUUUUGCCCGAGCCAAGCUGCACAGGAUCAUCCAGCCCAGGAGCUUCCCAUCACGCCUCCCCUUCGCUUCUGGCCAAGCAUCUCUUUCCUUGGGGUUUCUGGUCCUCCCAGCCCUGUUGGGCCAGCGCAGCCACCCGCUUACUGACACCUUUCGCCCCAGCAAUCGUUAACUUGCAGGAUUUCAACUCGUGGGUGAGCCCCGGCGGUAGCAGCACAGGACCCAGGAGGGACAAGACCAACCCCUCGGUGUCAGAGGCCACGUCAGAUGCAAGAGGUGGGUUCAAGGAGGGCAGAGUGUGGUCAAGCUGGCUCGGCCCACGGACACUGGGGUGGACGCAGCCCCCUUUUGUAAUUACCUGUAUACUCUCUGUAUCAUAUUAAGACUGUUGGUGUGCACGGACAGGACGGCAGCGCAGGCUCCCACGAAGGACGCAAACACCCCGCCGCGCCGGCACGGCUGCGGGGGGGCUCUCAGUGCCGGUUUAAAUAAAGCCUGUACUCCAGCA